CACCUUCCCAUUAGUAGUGCUUGGUCAUGCUCGACAUAAGCAGCCCUUCCCUGCCAAGCCUCACCUAAACACCCACCGGAUUGUUAAACCUUUACCAACCAGGCAAGCCCACGAUGGCACCCACGCCCAACUGCCCUGGACCGAUCUUCGAACAUUCUCGUCACCCUAGUCGCGUUUUGCAUAAAGCGCCCCCUCCCGACCCAUGAAGACGCUUUCCUCCAUCUUCAUCGCCCUCAUCGCAAUUGCAUUUGCCGUCUACAACAACGAGUACAUGCUUUCGAGACUCACACAGUCACUCAAACACGUCACAUCCCUUGCAAAGACCACCAAGCCCUUGUACAACACCACCCAAGACAUGACGACCAUGUUCCGCGGACUGCCCGUCAUCCCCGACGAGGCCUUUACGACCGAUGCGCCCCGCAAGAUCGCGAAGUCGUUCCUUGCGAUUGAGCAGUCCGAAGGCGCGGGAGCCAAAGUGAGGAGGAGUGUCGGCACUCCAAAGCUCCGCAACUUCUCCCCAUUCCUCAUGCUCGACCACUUUGCCAUUCCACCAGGCGCAGGUUUCCCAGAUCACCCACACAGAGGCCAGGAAACCAUCACAUAUCUUCUCUCGGGCGCUGUCGACCACGAAGACUUUGCAGGCAACAAGGGAACCAUCGAGCAGGGCGAUCUACAGUUCAUGACAGCCGGCCGCGGCAUUGUCCACGCUGAGAUGCCACGCCAGAACGAAGACGGUGCGCCCAACGUUGGAAUGCAGCUCUGGGUCGACCUGCCCAAGGAACUGAAGUCGUGCGAACCGCGUUACCGAGACCUACGAGCCAAGGAGAUCCCUGAGACGACUGCCGACGAUGGCAAGGUGCACGUCAAGGUCAUCAGCGGACAAGCCUACGGCACCGAGAGUCUGAAGGAGUUGGCAUACACCCCCGUUUGGCUGCUCGACUUCACAGUCCAGCCCGGUGGCAAAGUCAAGCAGCCCCUACCAAAGGGCUGGAACGCUUUCGCCUAUCUCCUCAACGGCACCACCAUCUUCUCGUCCGACGGCGUAUCGCGACCUGUUGAACAAUACCACAACGUCGUUUUCGACAGCAACGGCGACAGCAUCGAAGCCUCAGUCGAAGAGGGCGCCGAGAAGGAGUCGAGAUUCAUUCUCGUCGCUGGUCUUCCCCUCGAUCAGCCCAUUGUACAAUACGGGCCAUUUGUCGUAACAUCAAGAGACGAGGUCAUGCAGGCUAUGAUGGACUACCAGAGCUAUUCAAAUGGGUUUGAAAGAGCAAACAACUGGGAAAGUGAGAUUGGAAAGAGUAUGGUUCACUAAGAUGCCUACUUCCGCCUACCUUUUCUUUCCUGGUCACUUCUUAUGUAUAUACUAAAUUACGAUUCCAUUUUUCUUUGCCUUACAACCCCUGGUCUCAUCCCAUUUCUCUAGGAUUUAUCAAUCGGUAACAUACGUUCACCAAUAUAUGGCCACGCACCUGACACUGUUCUGCGCAACUCACAUACUCACGC